AAUCCAGGCUCGGCGCUGCAUUCAAGCAUCCCUACGUUUUCGCCAAGCAUUUCAUUCGGAUCUGCAGGAUUCAGCCCACAGCAAUUAUUUUGCAACCGAAACGGACGCAUAGUAUGAUAACUUUCAUUUGAGUUGAUUUGGUUUCUUUCAUUUUUAUUUUUGUUCAUUCGAUAUCAUCGUUUUUUCUUAAUUUUUCUACUCUCAUCCACAGUUCAUUUGCAGCCAGUUUACACACCACCAGCUCAAAGGGGAAUACUAUACCUCGAGCCGUUCUCUCUCUUGUCUGCUGCUAUUCGAGAGAAGCUCGCGCACUUUGGAUUGGUACCUUGGCUGGUUUACCUAGAACCCGACAAACUGGGGAUUUAAUAGGCUAUUUGCGUCUGCGCUUGUGGAAGUGGACAUCGGCGGCGACACGGGUCGCCUUUCUGUUGUAAGGAAUGUACCCGGUGCUAAGGUCUGCUCACUGAGGGAGAAUAUCAACGCGCUCUCUUCUCGACUCUCUGUAUGAAAGACUGCGGUGCGCCUCUGGUUUUGUAUUCCCGAGGAGCUCUUAUAAAGGGACUAACUCGGCACCAGGUCCUUCCUUGGAGAUGCUCUAUAUUUGAUCGGCGUACGCAUUUGCUUCUUCGUCCCUUUUUAGCUUAUUUGAUCGGGAUAUAGAGUCUAAUUGCCUCGGUCAUUCUCUUGUGCGUUUCACGUCUAUUUUUUGGACAUAUCAUUUCGGAACGGAUUGUGACCCUCCCUGAAUACAGCAAUAAUGGGGGACUCGAUGUGGAGAUAUUAUUUUGGAGUUUUGUUUAUUGCGUGCAAGGUGAACUUGUCCCGGGCGAUAAUUCUGGAGUCCAUAUAUUGGAACACAACAAAUACCAAAUUCGUGCCAGGGCAGGGCCUGGUGUUAUAUCCUCAGAUCGGAGAUAAGUUGGACAUAGUGUGCCCGCGGGUGGAUGGAGGGGUGCGAGAUGGGGUGGAGUAUUACAAGAUCCACAUGGUUCCCAGGGAGCAGCUGGAGAGCUGCACCAUCACCAAGGCUGACACACCGCUGCUCAACUGUGACAAGCCUGACCAGGAUGUCAAGUUCACACUCAAGUUUCAGGAGUUCAGCCCCAACCUGUGGGGCCUGGAGUUCUUCAGAGGGAAAGACUACUACAUCAUCUCAACAUCAAAUGGCACAAUGGAGGGCCUGGAGAACCAAGAAGGAGGGGUGUGCAAGAUGAAGUCCAUGAAGAUAAUCAUGAAAGUGGGACAAAAUCCCUCUGACCCUAUCUCACCCAAAGACUACCCCACCAGAUUCCCUCCCAAGCACCCCGACAAGGAGUCAUACAAACCAAACGAAGUGCUGGAGAAGAAAGGUCCGUCGUACAGGGAGGGCGAGGGCGACCAAGGGACGGGCGGGAAAUCCUCAAGUGUCAUCGGCUCCGAAGUGGCCCUGUUUGCCGGCAUCGCCUCGGGCAGCGUUAUCUUCAUCAUCAUCAUCAUCAUGCUGGUCGUGCUGCUGCUCAAGUACCGGCGGCGGCACCGCAAGCACUCGCCACAGCACGCCACCGCGCUGUCCCUCAGCACACUGGCCACGCCCAAACGGGCGAGCGGCAACAACAACGGCUCGGAGCCCAGUGACAUCAUCAUCCCGCUCAGGACUGCAGACAGCGUCUUCUGCCCGCACUACGAGAAAGUCAGCGGGGACUACGGUCACCCGGUGUACAUUGUUCAGGAGAUGCCCCCCCAGAGCCCUGCCAACAUCUACUACAAGGUCUGAGCUCAGCUCCACCCCCCUUCCCCCCAGGCACCGCCCCCCCCCCAGAACGCUCUAUCUCUCCUUCCUUCCCCACAUCUCUGUUGUUUUUCUUGUUGAACUUUACUAUUCCUGUUAUUAUUCUUCGUUGUUGGGAUUCAUUGGAGAACUU